GUUUUCAGCAGCGAGACUGAAAGAGUGGACAACCAGCGCGCCCGAAACCGGAUCGGCCGACUGCUUUCCUUGCAUCCUCGUUUCCUGGCAGAAACAUCCACAUCCAGUUUAACGUCUUAAAAGGAAAACAAUGUCUUCGAACGCAGCAGUGCAACGGUUUAUCCACCAUGGAGCCCACAAGGGCAAGGGUAUUGCGGUGUUCACCAGCGGGGGCGACUCGCAGGGAAUGAAUGCCGCCGUCCGUGCUGUCGUGCGGAUGGGCAUUUACGUUGGAUGCAAGGUUUACUUCAUCCGCGAGGGCUAUCAGGGCAUGGUGGACGGUGGCGAGAACAUCGUCGAGGCCAACUGGUCGUCAGUGUCGAGCAUUAUCCACCGGGGCGGCACCGUCAUCGGAUCGGCCCGCUGCAAGGACUUCCGUGAGCGCGCUGGCCGUCUUCAGGCCGCCCACAACCUCAUCAGCCACGGCAUCACCAACCUGGUCGUGAUCGGUGGCGACGGCUCGCUGACCGGUGCCAACCUGUUCCGGCAGGAGUGGGGCAGCCUGCUGGACGAGCUGCUCGCCAGCAACCGGAUCACCCAGGAGCAACGCAUCAAGUUCAAGAGCCUGCACAUCGCCGGCAUGGUCGGCUCGAUCGACAACGACUUCUGCGGUACGGACAUGACGAUCGGCACAGACUCGGCACUGCACCGUAUCAUCGAGGCGAUCGAUGCCAUCGUCAGCACGGCCUACUCUCAUCAGCGCACCUUCAUCAUGGAGGUCAUGGGACGCCAUUGUGGUUACCUGGCCAUAAUGGCUGCGUUAGCUAGCGAGGCGGACUAUGUGUUCAUACCGGAAGAUCCCGUAGUGCAUAAUUGGCCAGAAAAGUUGUGUAAGAAGAUCCUACAGGAACGGUCCGCCGGACAGCGUCUGAACAUUAUCAUCGUGUCCGAGGGUGCGAUCGAUCGGGACGGCAAUCCCAUCACGGCGGAAAAGGUGAAACAGGUGGUCGUUGAUCGACUGCAGCAGGACACGCGUAUCACCGUGCUUGGCCACGUGCAGCGUGGUGGCAAUCCGAGCGCCUUCGAUCGUGUUCUGGGUUGCCGAAUGGGUGCGGAAGCCGUGCUGGCACUGAUGGAAGCGGACGACAAGACGGAACCGUGCGUCGUGUCGCUGGAUGGUAACCAGGCCGUACGCGUGCCGCUGAUGGAGUGCGUCGAGCGCACGAAGUCCGUCGCGAAGGCGAUGGAGGACAAGAACUGGGAGUUGGCGGUGAAUCUACGCGGUCGCUCGUUCGCGCGCAACCUCGAGACGUACAAGAUGCUGACCCGUCUGAAGCCACCCAAGAGUGCGUUUGACGAGCAGGGUCGCGGUGUGGGCGGAUACACGAUGGCGGUAAUGCACAUCGGAGCACCGGCGUGCGGCAUGAACGCCGCCGUUCGGUCGUUCGUACGGAACUGCAUCUACCGUGGCGACACGGUGAUGGGCAUCCACGACGGUAUCGAGGGAUUGGUCGCGGGCCACAUCAAGAAGAUGGAGUGGUCGGAUGUGACCGGAUGGGUCGGACAGGGUGGUGCAUUCCUGGGCACCAAGCGUACGCUGCCGGAGGGCAAGUUCAAGGAGAUCGCCGCACGCCUGAAGGAAAACAACAUCCAGGCGCUGCUGAUCAUCGGUGGCUUUGAGGCGUAUCACGCGGCGGGCCAGCUGACGGACCAGCGCGAACGCUUCCCGGAGUUCCGCAUCCCGCUCGUUGUCAUCCCGUCGACCAUCUCGAACAACGUGCCCGGCACGGAGUUCUCGCUCGGUGCCGACACCGGCCUGAACGAGAUCACGGAGAUCUGCGAUCGCAUCCGCCAGUCGGCGCAGGGCACCAAGCGGCGCGUGUUCGUGAUCGAAACCAUGGGCGGCUACUGUGGCUACCUGGCGACGGUGGCCGGACUGGCGGGCGGUGCCGAUGCGGCCUACAUCUACGAGGAGAAGUUCGCGAUCAAGGAUCUGCAGCAGGACGUGUACCACAUGGCGUCCAAGAUGAGUGACGGCGUGCAGCGUGGUCUCAUCCUGCGCAACGAGAAGGCCUCGGACAACUACAACACCGAGUUCAUCUACCGGCUGUACUCGGAGGAGGGCAAGGGCCUGUUCUCCACGCGCAUGAACGUGCUCGGCCACAUGCAGCAAGGCGGUUCGCCGACGCCAUUCGAUCGCAACAUGGGCACCAAGAUGGCGGCCAAGUGUGUCGAGUGGCUGGUGGAGCAGCUGAAGGCGAACACGAAACCGGACGGCACGAUCGAGGCCAAGGCACCGGAGACCGCCUGCCUCUUGGGGUUGGUGCGCCGCCAGUACAAGUUCUCCCCGCUUAAGGAACUGAUCGGCGAGACGAACUUUGAGCAACGUAUUCCCAAGCACCAAUGGUGGCUCAAGUUGCGCCCGCUGCUAAGAAUUCUAGCCAAGCACGAUUCUACCUACGAGGAGGAAGGCCUGUACAUCACGGUUGAGGAGGAAAUGUCCACCGAUUCGCCCUGUGCCUAAGGUGCUCCUGAACGAUGAAUCUUCUCGAGUCGCUGAAUCAUGGUUUGGUCUCUCCUUCUUUUCCACCGCCACCACCUGAACAGGGCUAUUUCAUCGUCCUUCCUUUGUUACGCGACUUUAGUUGGAUGCCUCCAAAGCUUUACUUAGUUAAAUUGUUUCAGGGCAUUAGGGAAAGAUCAAGAUACGGCAACGGAUGUGUUGUUGCCAACAACUCAUCUCCUCACAACGUUGGCAGAGGGUUUAUAAAAAAAUCCCUCGUAUGAUUAUGUUUUAAUUGCAUAGUUAAUUUUUCAUGUGGAUAGUAUUUAUCAUUUAUGUCGUCGUCUUUGUUCCCCUCGGGAAUGUUUGUUGUUUGUGGUAUGUUGUUUGCUCUUGCGCGAUCAAAGUCGUAGCACCACUCUCAUUUGCUUUCCUCGUUAGUAGUGACAAGUAUUACGCAACAAGAAAUUAUUAUUUUCUUGUGUUCGAACAAUCUUAUCGCCAUUGAGUUAAUGUUUUUUUCUAUUAGGCAAUGAGGCGAUGGCGCAGUGAAAAAACCGUGGGAUGGAAGCAGAGUAAUAUUUAUACCAAAAAUAGUUAAUGCCGAGAACAAAUAACACCCAACUUGUAGAUCCCAUUACUGUACAAUGUACUUGCGCCAUAAGUCCUAGAUCGUAUCUCUCCAUCUUUCUCUUUCGCAAACGAACAAAGGAGAGAAUGAUGAUAAACAUAGACGAGAUAUUAUUAUUAACAGUGUAAGCAAAGAACACUCUCCUUCCCUUCCCCUAGGCAAACGAUACACAAACCCCGCCACUAACACGUUACUAUGUAUGUGCUAAUAUCAAAUGGCGUGGUA